AUGGAGAAGCUUCACUCAGAUAUCGUGGAGAACAUACUUCGUCGAUUGCCAAUUGAGUCAGCUUUACAAGCCAAAUGGGUAUGCAAAACAUGGAGAAGCUUCGUCCGUGGUAGGAUUGAUGAGGUAGGUUUGCUUUUUGCUUUCUCAUAUUAUCAUUAUAUUGAAAACGAAAUCAAACUUUGUUAUGGUGAUCACCGUGAUCCUAGUCAUGGGAAGAUGAACUAUAGCUACUCUUAUGAUAGAAUCGAGAAGAUGCAGGAUGACAAAUCUAUAAAGGGGUAUAAAUACAUGGAUAGCAUGCUCGGGUUCAUGCAACGGAUUUUCACCGGAGAAGUUGUUUAUGUUCCCGAACCUGAUAAAUCUAUAGCACGGGAUUGUCUUCCAACUAAAAUUAGUGGGUUUGGUUACUGUCAUUCAACGAAUGAGUACAAAAUUGUUCGAAUGUACUCAGAUUACGAAGAGCAAAAGAAGUACCAUGUCUUAGUUUAUACUGUUGGUAGUGGUGAGUGGAGAAACAAAGGAUCCAUCAACAUUUCUCCGUUUGAUUUAGAAGGUAUUUACGCAAAUGAUGCUCUUCAUUGGUUGCACCAAUUUGAUAAUAACCAGCUGCACGAAGAUUAUACAACCGUAGCUUUUGACUUGAAAGAUGAAAAAUUCCAAUUUAUCCCAUUGCCAGGUUUUGACUUGGAGUACAAACUUCGCCCCAAGUUGCUGGUUGGAAAUAAUCUGUAUCUGUAUACAAUCGGCGGUGAACCUUAUUGCACGGAUAUUUGGGAAUAUAAGAGAAAAAAUCCUAAGAACACUAAUGGUUGUGAUAUGAAAGAAAACUACAACGACAAGAAUUUGUGGCAUUGGAUUAAGGAAUUCACUAUAAAAUGGGAAGAGCCAUACCGGGAAGAUCUGCGAUUCGUAGAACCUUUAACAGUUACAAGGAAUAAUGAAUUUCUAUUUCGUUACCGAUGCAUGGAUCUCUACUGUUGUGACCUAAAAACCUCGACAUUGCACAAACUUUUUGAUGUUCUUGCUAUCGACUGCAACAGGAUAAACCUUAUUCCUCACGCAAAUAGCAUCGUUUCAAUGUCGUUUAAAGGUAAUGCUUAG